UACUCAACUUCUUCAUUUCAGUUUUCUGCUUCCCUUCUUAGGGUUUACCAUUGUUAAAUCACCAUCAACAAUUUUUGAGCUUCGAUUGCAGUGGUUCUUCGUGCUGUUCAGAUUUCACCGAUGGCUAAAAUCACUGCGCGAGUGGAAGCGGGUGAAAGGCGCGUGACGCAACUCCAUCAAUUGUACCAGGAGCUCAAGGCAGAUCAAAUGGAACUGCGGGAAACCGUGAAGAAGGAAACGACAGAGAUUAGCCAGAAACUGGAGCAACUUUUCCGAAAAUUGGAAGUUACCGGACGGAGUAACCCUAGCAGCAGCCACGGCGGUGAGGGUUCAUCGCACAUAGAAUUCCCUAGGUUUAAUGGUCAGAAUCCGGUGAAUUGGAUCGGAAAAUGCCGUCGGUACUUUUCGUUGUGCCGUACGCCUGAAAAUGAGAAGGUUCUUCUGGCUUCCAUGCACAUGGAAGGUAAAGCUGAGUUUUUUUACCUGAACUAUGUUGAGGGAAGGGGUGAUAUUGGAUGGAAGAGGUUUUCGGAGAUGGUGGCGGAGCGCUUUGGCGAUCGGCGUGGCGAUAACGUAUAUACCGCUUUGCAUAAGCUGCGGCAGGAAGGUUCCGUGGAGAUGUAUGUCGAGCAGUUCGAAGAGUUGAAAGCUUGUUUGCCGCUGCGGGAGAGUACAACGCCCAUGGACGAGUACUAUUUCGUCGAGUGUUUCUUGAACGGUUUGAAGGAAGAGAUCAGGGAUGUACUUCAAAGUUUCCAUCCCACUACACUCACUUGGGCUAUCAAUCUCGCCAAAUAUCGAGAAAAUGAUUUAGAACAGAUGGUCGAUGAAUCGGAUGAGGAAGAGGAAGUGGAAGUUCAAGAAAGAUCUGAUGAGCUGGCAGAGGAUUCCAAGGCAUUGUUCUUGUCCGUGGCUGUAGCCGACGAGCCAAACCCCAAUGUAGUGAAGGGGUGGGUGAAAAAGGACUCGAUUUCCAUCAUAUUGGUCUCGGCUAGCACUCACAGUUUUCUGGACCCACAGGCUGCAAAAAGACUCGGGUGUAAAAUCGAGCAGACGAAACGCUUUCCGGUCACAUUUGCAGGUGGGAGUGAGAUCGAGUGCAACUCUAAAUGUUCGGGGUUCGAGUGGGAGAUGGGGUUCGCCAAAUUUAGUGCUGACGUGAGAAUUAUGAAACUCGACUGGUACGGGUGUGACUUGGUGCUUGGAGUGGAUUUCUUUAAGAGAAUGGCAUCGAUCGUAUUCUGGAAGCGAACUAUUACUAUUACACAUGAAGGAAAAGAAGUUGUGCUGAAAACAAGAGGAUCAAGGUAAGCAGGAUUGUUGCUUAGUAGUUGACCCGGUAACUAUUAGGAUUUCGGUUAUGUUAUAAGUAGGA